AUGCGAGACCCCGCGACGGUGUCGAACGGUUCGGCGAUGUCGGACAGCGACGUCGAGAUCGUCAGGGAGGGUGACGGCGAGAAGCGCCUGGUUUCGGUGCGCGACCUGCAAUGUGGCGCGGGCGGCGCCCGCAGGGACGCCACCGGCGACGAGGAGCUCGAGCUGGUCGACUUCAAGCUCGACGAAGCGAUCCUGAACCUCCCGCACCUCCGCCCGGACUGCCCCGUGCACGCCUUCAUCGCACGAGGCGCGGGCGCACAGAGCAACGCGCAGAGCUGCCCGCAGUGUUUCUGCUUCGUGUGCGACAAGCCUGCCAGCGAGUGUGUGCGCUGGGAGAGCGCCAGCCCCGCGGACGACGGAAGCGGCCACUGCAACGCGUUCAGCUCCGGGAAAACGCUCAAGCCGAACGCGUGGGACCGCGCCCGGCUCGCCGCGCGCCUCAGCACGCGCCGGCGCGCCCCCGAGGCCCCCGUCGAAAAACACGCUCGCGCGCCGCGCGCAGCCGCGAGCCCGCCGCGGUACGUCGCGCCCGACGGCGUCCGCGUCAAGCGCGAGUGUUCCCCGGACCGCGGCCCGCUCCUGCAGCUCACGCCCGAGGAGGAGGAGGAUCUCAACCGACGCGCGCGGGCGGCGUACGUGGAGGCCCACCGGCAGCGGCGCGUGAAGGAGCUGCAGCAGGCGCAGGAGAGCAGCGAGGGCGGGCAGCUGGGGCACGCGGCGCGGGCGCCGGCGCACGUGGCGAGCGGGAGGCGCGGGGGCGGGUACCGGACGAACGUGUGCAAGCGGUGCGGGCGCGUGGGGCACUCGGACAAGAAGUGCUUCUACCGGAAGACGAUCUGGCAGGAGAUGGAGGAGAAGGAGGAGCAGGAGCGGCAGCGGGCGGCGCAGGCGGAGCAGCAGCGCAAGGAACGGUGCGCGCAGAGCAAGCGCCUGGCGGAGGAGGCGCGUGCUGCGGCGGCCGAGUCGCAGGAGCGGCCGCGCACGCCAGAGGGCAGCGCACCGCGCAGGGACGGCGGUGCGUCGGGCGGCCGCGGCCGCCAAGGCUCGGGGGGCGCAUCGCCAGCGGCGGAGAGGCGGGGGAGUCCGGGGGAGGCGGGGCGACGCGGGAGCAACCCGUUUUCGCGCAGCAGCCAGGCGGAGUGGGCGAGUCUGUGCGCGAAAGUUGCGGCGGUGGAGCGCGCGGAGGAAGCAGCGCGUCUGCGGACGGACGGGGCGGGGGGCGCGGAAGGGAGCGGGGACGCGCGGCGGGAGAGCGCGCGCAGUGCGCAGGGGCGCGGCGCGGCGGGUGCGGGUGGUGCAGCUACGCAGAGCCCUGCGGUCAGGGGGUCUCCUCCGCUCAAGAGCCAUACUCCCCCCCCUCCGUCCGACCCCGGGGGCGCUGGGCGCAGCGGGACGCCGCGGACCGUGCGCGACGGCGCGGCUGCCGCCGUCGUCGCGCGGGAGUCCCCCGGGGUCCUCCCGUUGACCCCCCCCCGCACGGCCCAUGCCUGCGUCAUUGUGGUCGACUCGUCGCCCGAGUGCGCGAAGACAACGCGCCGGUCGGCAUCUCGAGGGCCGGCACGCUCGCGUGGUGGGCUCAGCAACGCCGGUGCGCAGCAGCCUGCGAUCGUGUUGGAGGUGGACUCGUCGCCGGAACGCCCCCCCGCCAAGCGCCAGCGGGUGCGGGAGUCGCCGGGCGCGGGGGCGCGUGGGAGGAAGCAUGCGGACAUCGUUGUGGAGGAUUCGCGCGGGACGGAGGACGUGCAGGGGGCCGGCGUCGGGCCGGGCCGGCCGCGGAAGGAGGCGGGUGGUGGGCAGCGGAAGAGCGGACGUGCGCGGCGGCUGCCGGCCAAGCUCCGCGACGCCGGCGAGGACCACGCAUCGUAG